UCAUCUAAACGUCUCCAACGAGGCUAAAGUUAGUUUCUUAUUCAUAAUUAGCCUUAAAGUUAGCUUCUUUCUUUUUCGAAUUCGAAUUUUUCCGUUCCACCUUAAAUGCUGUAGCACCAACGUAACUGCUGCACCAUUUAAGGUGGAACGGUAAAUUCGAAAAAAAAAAAGCUGGCGAAUAAGAAGCUGAUUUAAUCUUCGCGCUUCUUCUCGGCAUUUCCAAGAACAGAUCGUGUCACUGAGAUAAAAAAAACACAGCAUUUUCUGAAAAAGCCGCAGAUAUAAAGCUGAGGGGGACGGAAAAAAGAAACGUGUUUCCUAUUUCACCGCCUGCACGCGCACUGAGGCGAGCUCAUGACAUCCAAUGCUCGCUAGAGGUGACCGGCCACAGUGCAGCCGCGGGAAUGGCACAGAGCUGGGGCAGCUUCUUCUACUCCCUUCUCGAUUACAAGACCGAGAAGUUUGUGAUCGCCAAGAACAAGAGAGUAGGGGUGCUUUUCAGGCUCUUCCAGCUGGGAGUGAUUGGAUACCUGAUUGGGUGGGUCUUCUUAUGGAAGAAAGGUUACCAAGAGAGAGAAGAGGCCAUCCAGAGCUCUGUGUUCACUAAGCUUAAAGGUGUUGCCCUCACCAACAGCACAGAUCUAGGCCUCCAGGUAUGGGGCGCAGAAGACUACGUUAUACCUUCUCAGGGGGAUAGAGUCUUCUUUAUAGUGACCAAUUACCUCGAGACUCCGAACCAAAGGCUGGGCUUCUGCGCGGAGAGUCCAAAGGUACCAGACGGUCUUUGUUCAAGCAGUGCUGAUUGUACGGAGGGAGAAACAGUCACAGCAGGUCACGGUGUGAAGACGGGGCGAUGUAUGAACGAGACGGCUACGUGUGAGAUUCACGGCUGGUGUCCUGUCGAACGCAGUCACACACCCUCGGAGCCCUUGCUGGGAGAAGCAAAAAACUUCACCAUAUACAUCAAGAACUUCAUAAGAUUUCCAAAGUUUGAAUUCUCCAAAUCCAAUGUUCUAUCCACCGCCAACAAAUCAUAUCUAAAGACGUGUUACUACGACAAGGACCACCACCCCUACUGUCCCAUCUUCCGCGUUGGAGACAUGGUACACUGGACUGGUCACAAUUUCCAAGAAAUGGCUGUCAAGGGUGGGUCUAUUGGAGUGGUGAUUGACUGGAACUGUGAUUUAGACAAAGAUUACUCCAAAUGCAACCCUGAGUACAGUUUCACUCGCCUGGACACUUCCAAACACUCAACCAAUUCUAUCACCUCGGGAUACAACUUCAGAUUUGCUCGAUAUUACAGAGAUGCAGAUGGACAGACGUAUCGCUCUCUGUAUAAAGUCUACGGCAUUCGUUUUGAUAUAAUGGUCAAUGGGCAAGCAGGGAAGUUUAAUAUUAUUCCCACGGUGGUGAACAUUGGAUCUGGACUUGCCUUAAUGGGCGCUGGCGUGUUCGUCUGUGACAUGAUCCUGCUCUACAUGAUGAGCACGAGCUCUUUCUACAGAGAGAGGAAAUUCGAGCCUAUUGGAAAGAGGGAGCGAAGGCCCAGAGACAUGAAGCAUGGCAGACACCACCGGCACGCCCAGGAUGGACACCACAGGAAAGAAGACAAGACGGCUGCGGAGAAACAACCACUCACGCCGGCGUCGUCCCCAUCGGCUCACAGUCCGGCAAAGCAGCCUGUGGCCGCAGAUUCUUCACUGAAACCUCAUAGUCUUGAAAGAAGACCACAGCCCACGGUCAUACUCCACCGCAGUCCUGAGAGAAAGGCCAUGUCUCCAGUCUCGUCUUCCAGAAUACCGUGCAGCCCUUUGAAAUGAAGGGACAAAGCAAAGAGACGGUCGCCACCACCCUCAGGAUUGUCUUUAUAGCAGGAAAUGAAGGAAAGACGUUUGAUUGAGCUCACCUGUCAGUCAGCUUUCAGAACCAUUGGGAACCAACAGGUUGUCUGCAGGCAGUUCAAUUUGAUACUUUCUAAAGGGCCCAUAUUAUGGAAAACUGAAAAAUCCUCACUUUUUUAAAUAGUUUGAUGUAGUAUAUAAACAUUGACAUAAACAUGUAUAUUGUUAAUUUUAAAAAACAUAACAUCCCCCAAUCCAGUCCAUAUAUGGAAACUAAACUACAAAAACAGUCCAUUUUGAAUUGUUUAUUCGUGAAGUGGUGAACCAACCAUUUACACAGAUGUGCCUAUUCAGCCUACAGCAUUUUAGCUCCGCCCAUGUGCACUGAAGUUAUAAGGAGGGUUUAAAAAAAAUGUAUACAAGAAUGUAGAAUAUGGGCCUUUUUUUUGUUUGAUUGUUUUUAAUGCCAUUUCACGUCAUUUAAGACCAAAUUUUGCAGUGACAUAAACGAAGUAUCAAAGCAGUCUUCAAAGUAAUUCACACCUAUAUGAACAGAUAUAUGCGUAUGCUAGCUCAGUAGCAGGUAACAUUAUUUAAUGCACACCCCUGUGACCCAGUAUUAUUGUUGUCAAAUGCAUCCUAAAAUCAUAUUUUCAAAUUUGAUCAUAUUUAAUUUAUAAAACGUAAUGUGACACAAAUGACUUAUUAAGGGCCUGCAGACACCCUGAACCAAGAGUUUUCUGUAUUUGUGACUGGAAAGUGAGGGAGUGGACAGAAGUAAGUUAUUUCUACAUGGACAUCAUGUAUUACUUGAAGCUUUGCCCAAGAUGCACUCGUACCAGAGUCUGUCUGUUUAAGGCUUUGUGUCCACAGGCACCAUCAACGUUGAUGGACAAUUCAGAGGAAAUAUUAAUAGCAACUGAAGGGACAAACUUUAAACCUGUUGCUUUACACAUACAUUGUGCUGACUGAAAACUGAAAAACCAGUUCAUGAUUGUGCAAUAUGUGAUGUGAAAUGCACUAAAAAAAAGUCCCAAGGUUUCUACA